UGACACAGGGAAGAAGCAAGAAAGAGAGAUUGCUUGGGGGUUGAAGUCGGGGGAGAAGGAUUCAGCCCAAAAAAAUAAAAAAUAAAGAAGUCGGAGGAGAAGAAAGAGAAAAAAUCUAGCGAGGAAAGAGUGACACUGUUUUGGACGAGGUCGACAUUAUCAGAGUCCGAAAUUGUACAACAGGGACAUCGAAAAUGCAUGGGAAAUGACAGAUGCAGGAUGAUGUAUACUCACUGCUGUUCUGCUCCAAAAUCCACUGCCAACCACCAAAAUCGAUUCUUUCCGCUAACCAACAAAACCUGUUUUAUCCAACUCAAUAUUUUACGGACCCGCAAGGAUUUAUCGGGAGAAGUCAUGCACUCCCUCGAUGUCUCUCUCUAUAUCCUGCUUUUAUCAAGGGCCCAAUUUCUUCCCCAAGCUCCAUAAUUAUCAAACAGGCCGUCCCGUUUCUUUACCGACUAUGCAGGAAGCCCCGGUCAUUGUUGUCGGAGCUGGCGCUUCCGGCCUCGCCGCCUCCGCCUGCUUAACCCGACACUCCAUUCCCUACAUCCUCCUUGAAAGAGAAGACUGUUAUGCCGCCCUAUGGCAGAAAUAUACCUACGACCGACUUCACCUCCACCUCAGGAAGCAAGUCUGCCAGCUCCCUCAUAUGCCCUUCCCUCCGUCUUAUCCUCAUUACGUCCCCAGGAAACAGUUCAUACAGUACUUGGAUGAUUAUGUCAAUCACUUCCAUAUCCGCCCUUGCUACCAGAGAGCCGUCGAAUUAGCCCAAUACGAUGAGGCACAUAACCUGUGGAGAAUCCAGGCUAGGAAUCGAAACUCUGGUGAGGUCGAGCACUAUGCUGGGAGGUUCUUGGUGGUGGCCAGCGGUGAGACCGCGGAGCCUCGCGUGCCUGAGACCGAGGGCUUGGACACUUUCAAGGGGAAAGUGCUUCAUUCAACUGGGUAUAAAAAUGGAGAGCAGUUUAAAGAUGAACGUGUUUUGGUUGUUGGAUCUGGCAAUUCUGGCAUGGAAAUUGCAUUAGACUUGGCCAAUUAUGGUGCCCGACCUUCAAUUAUCGCUCGAAGUCCGGUUCAUUUUAUGAAUAGGGACAUGAUGCAUUACGCCUCACUUCUGUUAAGAUAUAUGUCACGGAGCACUGUGGAGAAUCUGUUGGUGAUGUGGAGCAGGAUCAUGUAUGGGGAUCUCACCAAGUAUGGGCUGCCUUGGCCUAGGGAGGGUCCUUUCACCAUGAAGCUCAAGUACGGCAAGUUCCCUAUAAUUGAUGUAGGAACCGUCCAGAAAAUCAGGUCUGGAGAGAUACAGGUGUUGCAGGCCGAAAUUGAGAGGAUUAGAGGCAAGGAGGUAGUGUUGAAGGAUGGCAAGUCACUUCCAUUUGACUCAAUCGUCUUCUGCACAGGCUUCAAGGGAUCAACUCACAAGUGGCUUAAGGGGGAUGAUUAUCUUCUGAAGGAGGAUGGGCUUGCGAAGCAAGCAUACCCAAACCACUGGAAGGGAAGGAAUGGUCUGUACUGCGUUGGAUUGUCACAGAUGGGUUUCAGAGGAGCCGGCCUCGAUGCCCAGAAAAUAGCCGAUGACAUUGCCUCUCUUUUGCAAUCCCAUAGCCACAAAACAAGUACUUGAUUGUUUAGAAAGUUCCGAGUCAGCCAGCAUAGUUCGCUGCUUAGCUCCAGUGGCUUCCUUUUGUAUAUUAAAUUUUACCUGCACUUUUCUCCUUGUAAAAUUUUUAAUUGCCAAUCAGUCUGCACCUUCUCUAUAA